GUAGAUCCGCGUUCGAGCCACCCCGACGUGUGCACUGGUUUGAAUGCGGCUUGCAAUAUAAAAGGCAAGCCGUCAUGUUGCUGUCCCUCCCUCUCUGACUCUGUCCGUCGGCUAGGCUGCCGCAACAUUCAACCUGCCCGGAACAAACCACUAGUAAACCACCAUGUCUGAGAAACUUCCCUUCAAAGUUGCUGACAUCAGCCUGGCCGAAUGGGGGCGCAAGGCCAUCGACAUUGCGGAGAACGAGAUGCCCGGUCUGAUGAAGAUGAGGGAGCUGUACGGUCAGUCCAAGCCGCUGAAGGGCGCCCGUAUCGCCGGCUGCCUCCACAUGACCCUGCAGACCGCCGUGCUCAUCGAGACCCUCACCGCCCUCGGGGCUGAGGUUCAGUGGUCGAGCUGCAACAUCUUCUCAACUCAGGAUCACGCUGCUGCCGCCAUCGCCAAGACUGGCGUUCCAGUGUAUGCGUGGAAAGGCGAGACCGAUGAAGAGUACGUGUGGUGCAUCGAACAGACUCUGUACUUCAAGGACGGCCAGCCCCUCAACAUGAUCCUGGACGAUGGAGGAGACCUCACCAACAUGGUCCACCAGAAGUAUCCCAAACUGCUGGCAGGUAUCCGGGGCGUGUCAGAGGAGACUACUACAGGUGUCCACAACCUGUACAAGAUGUUGAAAAAGGGCGAGCUCAAAGUGCCCGCCAUUAACGUCAACGACUCUGUCACAAAGAGUAAGUUUGACAACCUAUACGGCUGCAGGGAGAGCCUGAUCGACGGCAUCAAGAGAGCCACCGAUGUGAUGAUUGCUGGUAAAGUUGCCGUGGUGGCGGGCUACGGGGACGUGGGUAAAGGCUGCGUCCAGGCUCUGCGUGGGUUCGGCGCUCGCGUUAUCAUCACAGAGAUCGACCCCAUCAACGCCCUGCAGGCUGCCAUGGAAGGUUAUGAGGUUACUACCAUGGACGAGGCUUCUAAGGAAGGAAACAUCUUUGUCACCACCACUGGAUGUGAGGACAUCAUCCUGGGAUGUCACUUUGAGAACAUGAAGGAUGAUUCCAUCGUCUGUAACAUCGGACACUUUGACUGUGAGAUCGACAUGAACUGGCUCAAAGAAAAUGCUGCAGAGAAAAUCAACAUUAAGCCUCAGGUCGAUCGCUUUCGUUUGAAAAGCGGUCGUCACAUCAUCGUCCUGGCCGAGGGCCGACUUGUCAACCUGGGCUGUGCCAUGGGACAUCCCUCCUUUGUCAUGAGCAACUCCUUCACCAAUCAGGUCCUGGCUCAAAUCGAAUUGUGGACGAACACCGCCAAAUACCCCCUUGGAGUCUACUUCUUGCCCAAGAAGCUGGAUGAGCAGGUGGCGGCGGCCCACCUGGACAAACUGGGGGUGAAGCUGACCAAGCUGUCGGACAAGCAGGCCAAGUACCUGGGUCUGCCCACCGAAGGGCCCUUCAAACCGGACCACUAUCGCUACUGAGUGCCCUGUCCUGCUGCAGAGGAGGAGGAGGUGGUGGUGUGGCUAGAACUGUGUUGGUGUUUAGGUGUAGCAGGGCGUGGUGGUUGGGAGCACAGGUAGCUCUCUGGGUGCCUUUUUGGACUUUGAAAUGUCCGACAGACAUUUCUUGUGGCUGGUUGUUCCCCUUAAACGGGCUUCCAUAUCAAAUGUUAAAGAAAUGCAUUUCAUGAGUUGCGUCCUGUGUUGACCCAAGUGAUUAGGCGUGGCUGAAGUUUGGAACCAACACCUUGUUGUGCUUUACUCGGGUGAGAUCAAACUCAGUCUGCCAAACAGCUGUGUUGAAUCAUUUUGGGUUGAAGCAAGACUAUUCAGCUAAACUUACUACCCCACACAACUGCAUCGACCCAAAGCUUCUGCCUGUGGGUGUUUAUGGAUAUUAGAAGGCUGUUUGUACAGACACUCAAAUCAGAGCAACAUCAACCCAGUAUUCCAAUCAUAAACUGAAGUUUAUCUCAUCACCAUCUCAUUUUACACCUAUCACACCAAUGUCUUCAGUCCUCUAUCGUCCCUCCUCUUUCUUUCUCAUCUAUACUCUGCUGAAACACCAAGUGCUAUUGUGGCUGUU